AUGUCCCCAAGAAACUACACACUCGCCGUGUUCGCGGCAGCAGCUCUGCUCUGUCUUGCCUACGCCGAGCUCAGGCCCAGAGUCGUCGACACACCCAAUGCCGGGUUGCCGAGCACCCAGGAGAUCGAGGCGCAGCUCCAGCAAUGUCCCAUCAUAGAGUCCCUCGUCGCUCGCAAAGCCAUCCACGAGAAGCAUGAACUCUCCGUCCUUCAACGCAGCUUCGCGACCCUCUUCCCUUUCACGUCGCCGGCAUGGAACGCACUCAUGGCCACCCUCUACAUCAGUGGCCCGCCAAACUUCCUCCUCGCACUAUGCCCUACCAACAUCGAUCCCAGCAGCUUGAACACCAUGGUCGCCUUUGCCGUCGGAGGACUGUUGCGUGACACACUCUUCCACCUCCUGCCUGAGAUCUUUCUGGGUGACGUGCCGGAAGGUGAGGCCAGAGCUGUGCUAGUGGAGCCGAAUAAGAAUCUGCUGCUUGGUCUCGCUAUCAUGGUCGGCUUCGUCACGUUUGUGGCAAUGGACAAGGGACUCAGGAUUGCAACUGGUGGAGCGGGACAUACGCAUGCCCACGGAGCAAGCCGUGACAAACCCAACGGGCAUGUCGGAGCGCAGGCCUCUUCGACUGGCGCUUCUGCGAGCGCAGGAGCUGUCUCUGUGAGGCAGCGCAAGCAGGACCAGACCAACGAGAAGGAUGUUGUGCCUGCAGGCAUCCAAGAGGAGCCGAAGAAGGAGGUCAAGCUUUCUGCCUAUCUGAACAUCAUCGCCGACUUCACGCACAACAUCACAGAUGGACUAGCAAUGUCUUCGUCGUUUUAUGCUAGCCCGACGAUCGGUGCUACCACCACUUUGGCCGUCUUCUGUCACGAGAUCCCUCAUGAAGUUGGAGACUUUGCUCUGCUGAUACAGGGAGGCAUGAACAAGCGGAUGGCGAUGGGUCUCCAGUUCGUUACUGCGCUUGGUGCCCUUUUGGGUACCUUCAUCGGCAUCGCUGUUCAGGAGCUGGGCGGUAACGCCGCAGGCGUGGAGGCUGUAAUCGGCGCUGGCAACGUCGGCAUCUUCGGGACGAGUCUACAAUGCGGUGACAUGCUAUUACCUUUCACUGCUGGCACCUUCUUGUACGUAGGCACUGUUGGUGUGAUACCCGAGAUGCUGGAGACCGGACCGAACAGGUGGAAGGAGCUUCGAAAUACUGCGACGCAGUUCGCUGCUAUGGCUGCUGGUGCGGCCAUCAUGCUGGUCAUCUCCUGGGAGUAG